AUGCCGAACAAAAAAGCCAAGUUGCAGCAUCUGCCCACAAAGGCACCAGAAGGGGAUGCUAAGGGGUCUUCGUACUCCAACACGUUUGCCAUGGAAGAGAGGAUGUUCAAGAGGUUGAUGAAACUUCGAAAAGAAGCUGUAGUAAAGCAUGUUUAUUAUGACCUGCUUGCAGUUUUUUUAAUGCAGGAGUUUCCAGGGAUUCACAUCCAAGAGAUCAUUACCAUGAUCAAAGAGGCCUUUAAUGAAACUUCACCACCCCAAGUUAUGCUGCAUAAGCAAUACCAGGAUGCGGUUUUACAGAAAAUGGUGAUUCUGUUGGAUGAAAGCAGAAGGUGUUGCGGAGUUGGGGUCCCACGACUGGAGGAGAAUUUGCUAAGUGUUCAUCCAUCAGCAGAGAAAUCAUGGCCCACAACACCUUACCCACUGAACGAGAGCAACAAAGGAACCAAACGGAUUGCAAAGGGGCUUGAAGAAGACGCCAAAGCUGCUUCAGUAUUGUUUCAAACUUACGGGUACGGGGAAGGUGCUAAAAACUACAAAGGUGUUUCGGAUCUGAAAAUCAAACAUUACAAUAAAAAAAUAGUAGUAUCUCAACUGCAAGGCAUCGAUCCGAUUUGGAAAGAGAAAACCCCCCCUGCUCUUCCAAAUCCGCUCUGA